AGAAAAGGAAAUGACAAUAUAUUAUGAUAAACAAAGGCAUGAAUCUUGAAACGGUCUAAGAGAGAUAUCUGAUCAACUGGAUAUUGAAAGAUUCACGCUUAUCAACCAUUUAUUAGCUAGCAAGCUGCUCUGAGACUGAGAAUGGCAAAGGAAGCAGUGUGCGUGACUGGAGCCAACGGGUUCAUAGGCUCAUGGCUGGUGCGGACCCUCUUGGAAUAUGGCUACACCUCCAUCCACGCCUCCAUUUUCCCUGGAUCCGACCCCACCCAUUUAUUACAACUCGACAAUUCCAACUCCAACUCCAACUCCAUCCACAUCCACGUCUUCGAGGCCGAUGUCAUGGAUUUUGACGCCGUGUGCAAGGCCGUGGAGGGCUGCUCCGGUGUUUUCCACGUGGCAUCCCCCUGCUCUCUUGAGGACCCCAAGGACCCUGAAAACGACUUGCUUCGACCCGCCGUGCAAGGCACGCUCAACGUUCUCCAAGCGGCCAAGAGGUUCAACGUCAGGCGCGUGGUCCUCACGUCUUCUAUCUCCGCGCUGGUCCCCAAUCCCACGUGGCCUCCCAACAAGGUAUUGGACGAGUCCUCCUGGACCCACCUCGAUUACUGCAAGGCUCGACACAAAUGGUACCCUGUGUCCAAGACAUUGGCUGAGAAAGCAGCGUGGGAGUUCGCCCAGAAACAUGGGAAUGGGAGUGGGAUAGAUGUCGUGGCUAUACACCCUGCCACGUGUCUGGGCCCACUGCUGCAACCUGGGUUGAAUGCGAGCUGUGCUGUGUUGUUGAACUUGCUUCAGGGGUCCAAGGACAGUCAGGAGUACCAUUGGCUGGGUGCUGUGCAUGUCAAAGACGUGGCCAAGGCACAGCUUUUGUUGUUCGAGACUCCUUCUGCUUCUGGUAGAUAUCUCUGCACCAAUGGCAUCUAUCAGUUUUCUGAUUUUGCUCACAAAGUCUCCAACCUCUUCCCUCACUAUCCUGUUCAUAGGUUUAAUGGGGAAACUCAGCCAGGAUUGAAAGCAUGCCAAGAUGCAGCAAAGAGAUUAAUCGAUCUGGGUCUGGUCUUCACUCCGGUUGAAGAUGCUAUCCGGGACACAGUGGAGAGCCUCAAAGCUAAAGGCUUCCUCAGCUAGAAAAUGCCACAAUCUUAGUUAUCAGCUCCAACAUUAGCACUCCAAAGCUAUAUACAUCACUUUUCUCAGUCAAUCGAUGGGUCAUGUAAUAUUCUGGAUCCAUGUAGCCCUGCAGUUGAUAAAAUCCAUUCUUAGUGCUAGAUUUUGAUGUAUUUUUGUGAAAUUUAGAUAAUAAUAAGACAAAAAGUUUGAAACAUAAGCUUUUCUUCUUCAAGUAAUUGGAAAUCAAGAAUGCCUAAACUA